GUGCGCCCGAGCUGCAAGAGUUGUGGAGAUUCACCUAACGGCUGUGCUGUUUGUGUCGUUUUAUAAAAGCUUUUUGAGGUAGAUGUAUUUUUACAUGUUUAUAAAUCUAAAGUAUAACAGUUGUUCUUUGCUCCCUCUUUCAGUUUGUCGUCGGAGACGAUCUUUAUCAGCGUAACAUCAAGCUUACUUUCAAUUUGUCAGUAUCCGUGGUCCCCAUUUUAUCGUGACACAUUUAUAUUUGAAACAUUUUGAUGUGCUUUUCGGUGCUUUGUGGAGACUAUUUAACUAUCCCGCUUUAGACAUAAAAUCAAAUGGAAGACAGCUGUUGUGCAGAAAGUACUGUGUCAAAAGUAAACGAAGCCGCAGAUUUAUUGGACUUCCUGGGUAUUGAUGUGGAGCUGGAUCCCUUGUGUGGCCGAGAGGAAACCGCGUUCUCUAAAAAUGUCAUGCGCAAGCAGCGGAACUGGGAGAGGAGACUGGAGGCAAAAAAAAGCAAAAGAAAAGAGGAGAAAGAAAGAAAGAAGCUCAGCAGACAAAAUAAAGGUGCGACUGAGCCGCAACUCAGUAAACGUGUCAUUAAAGCGAUUACCAAAGAGAGACUAGAGGAGGCCAGAGGAGCAGGACUGCGCCUGUGUGUUGAUCUCAGCAUGACUGACUGCCUUUCUCCCAAAUUUUUCUCACAGGAAAUCAGCCGUCUUGCAUGUCAGAUCAGGCGCCUCUAUGGAUGCAACAAGAAAGCCUUACAGCCAUUCCGCAUUUUUCUGACGGAGUUAAGAGAGGACAGUCUGCUGUAUAAAGAAUGUGUCCGGAUGAAUGACGGCUUCACUAAUUAUUUGAUUGAUGUGACUGAGGAGAGCUGGUUUCAUCUGUUUCCCUCUGAAGAUGUGAUAUAUUUAACCCCAGAUGCAAGUGAAGCUUUAGAGUAUGUGGAGGAAGAUAAAGUUUAUAUCCUUGGAGGUUUAGUGGAUGAAACCAUACAAAAGAAAAUAAGCUACACGAGGGCGAAAGAGCUCGGCAUUCGCACGGCGCGGCUGCCGAUUGACGAGUACAUGGUAAAGAGACCAAACCCCAAAAACUUCCACUCCAAAAUCCUAGCCAUCAACCAAGUGUUUGAAAUACUGCUGACUUUUCGUGACACUAAAGAUUGGAUUAAAGCGCUUACCGCUGGAAUACCUCCAGGAAAAGGUUACAUGGUGGCAUCAGCAGUGUCUACAGACAUAAUAAACCCUCCAGAGGAGCUGUAGACAUUCCCAGAGUUUAUAAGGCCUUGAGCCUAUGACAGUGUUUUAAAAUCAUCUAUAUUAGAUAACUUUGUCUGACUGAAGUAACUUGAAUUAGUAAUAUUCAAAAUGCUUUACUGCAACUUUUGUAUUACGUUUUAUUUUGAAAUGCUGUAAUUCUGUUAUCUCAGGAAAAGUAUCUGCACAAACAGUCAAAAUACUGAACUGAUGGAUAUCUUGUCAGCAUUAAAGCCAUUGGAUAACUAAUAUUUACA